GUGGAGGCUGCAGCGCGGGCACUGGGCCCGCGGCGGCCCGUGCGGCUCGGACCCGGGCUGUGUGGGAGAGAAGAUGCCCCAGCCCGAGUCCCAGAAGGCCGGUCUCCUGCGUUGCCCGCUUCGGGAUUCACCAGAGGGUCUUUCUGGGAUCUUCACCUUCGAUGUCACCUUGAGGACCUGCUGGGUUCCUGGAGGUAAAGCCAGCAGAAGUGUGCCUGUCCUCCCAAGACUGCAUCCUUGGAGUUUCUAACUCUCAUGCCAGUUCACACCCCGCCUCCAGCACGAGUUUAUGGCUCCAGCAGCUUUUGCUCCAGGGGAAUGAAAAUGGCCCUUCAGCUAUGCUAGGUCUAUGAUGGGAAGUGUCACAGCUCGCUAUUUCUGUUAUGGAUGCCUUUUUACUUCUGCGACCUGGACGGUUUUGCUUUUUGUUUAUUUCAAUUUCAGUGAAGUGACUCAGCCAUUUAAGAAUGUGCCCAUCAAGGGGUCUGGGCCCCAUGGACCGUUCCCCAAAAAAUUCUAUCCCCGUUUUACUCGAGGUCCAAGUCGAGUAUUAGAAUUACAGUUCAAAGCUAACAAGAUUGAUGAUGUGGUAGAUCAUCAUAUUGAAGAUUCAGAAAAAGGCAUUGUGAAAUUCUCUUCUGAAUUGGGUAUGAUUUUUAAUGAACACGAUCAGGAGUUGAGAGACUUGGGGUAUCAGAAGCACGCCUUCAAUAUGCUUAUCAGCAACCGCUUGGGCUUCCACCGAGAUGUGCCAGAUACAAGGGAUGCAGCAUGUAAAGACAAGACAUACCCAGCAGAUCUGCCAGUUGCUAGCAUUGUCAUUUGUUUCUACAACGAAGCCUUGUCUGCUCUGCUCCGGACUGUGCACAGUGUCCUAGACCGCACACCAGCCCAGCUUCUCCAUGAAAUCAUUCUCGUGGAUGAUGACAGUGACUUUGAUGAUUUGAAAGGCGAACUAGAUGAAUUCGUCCAAAAACACCUCCCUGGAAAAAUUAAAGUAAUAAGAAAUAGAAAGCGUGAGGGAUUGAUUCGAGGAAGAAUGAUUGGAGCAGCCCACGCAACAGAUCCUAAAGUGUAUUUGAACAGUGACCAGCAGAUCAUGAUGAAAUAUAGAAACUCAGUAGCAUGUUGUAACAGUGUGGCACUUCAGAUGCACCCUCUUGCCACUUCCCCACCAAUGCUCCAGGGUUUCUCCUGCCCCGCUGCUGUCAGGGAAGUCCUGGUGUUCCUGGACAGCCACUGUGAAGUGAAUGUGAUGUGGCUGCAGCCCCUGCUGGCCGUCAUCCAGGAAGACCGGCGGACUGUUGUGUGCCCGGUGAUCGAUAUCAUCAGUGCGGACACGCUGGCCUACAGCUCGUCCCCUGUGGUGCGUGGAGGGUUCAACUGGGGGCUACACUUCAAAUGGGAUCUUGUUCCCCUUUCUGAGCUCGGAGGACCAGAAGGAGCUACUGCACCAAUAAAGUCCCCUACAAUGGCUGGAGGAUUGUUUGCCAUGGAUAGAAACUACUUCAGUGAGCUCGGGCAGUAUGACAGUGGCAUGGAUAUCUGGGGAGGAGAAAACUUAGAAAUAUCAUUUCGGAUUUGGAUGUGUGGAGGUAAGCUCUUCAUCAUCCCUUGCUCUAGAGUUGGACACAUUUUUCGAAAAAGGCGACCAUACGGUUCUCCUGAAGGCCAGGACACCAUGACACACAAUUCCUUGAGGCUGGCACACGUUUGGUUGGAUGAAUAUAAGCCAUCACUUUCCCCAGCCCUGGACUGAGCUCCUUGAGGUCCAGCUCCAUGCCGAGCAUCUUGGAAUCACUACCGUGGAACACAGCAGCCCUCGGAAUGUGGCCCCCGGCCCGGAAAGCCCCGCCCACCCUUCCAGGGCCCCUGCCCAGGCAGAGCUGCUUUCACAGCCCGGUUGCCAGAGCAGGUGCCGUGUCCCGUGCCGGCGCCACAUUGGUGGGGCCCAGUAAGUCAUGGCUCUGGCAGCAGACCGCAUCCUUCACUGCCAGUUCCAGCGCAUUCAGACGCUAAGAAGGAAAAGGCCGCUUUAUCUGAGCAUGUCAUGGGUGAAGUAGUAGAAAUGAUUGUGUCAGCCCUCACCUUGUCUCUCAGUGUUCGCAGUGAGUAUGGAGACAGUGGUGGUUACCAGGAGAAACGUGUGCAGGAGUUUGAGUUGUAACCGAACUAGCCCUUUAUGUCAGAGAAGGACUCACACACAACCAUGGUUAUUUGGGAAUCACGUGGGAAUUUGGCAGACAUUUUCUCAAAAAUGAGCCUCUCACCUCAAAGGAAACAACCGCCAGCACUUGUUGCUAAUGAUAAAACCUAAGCUUUCGGGAAAAUUAGGACUUGGGGAAACUUGCAUCCUCUACCAUGAGCUUGACUGCUUCCUGGCUCUUCAAAACUGCUGCUGAGAUCAGUGGUGCUAUUUAUGAAUAUAAUUUUUUGGGGGGAUAUUGUAUAGUGAAAUUUGUCUAUUAGGAAGAACUUCGAGGAUCAGUAUUUUCCAAGUGACUAAUGCAUAAAGGUAUUAAAAUCUUGCGUGGACAAAAGAACCAUUCAGAAAGCAAGAUAAGCAGGUAGAUUUUAAUGCAACAGUACAAAAAGCUCAAAGGGAUGGUUUCAUAAUCUACUGCCACUAAUCUUGAAAAGUUACUGAGCUUUAA